AGAGAGAAGAAAGACUUCAGUCUGUGCUGUCAAUGCUAGAUUUGGAGAUGCAUCAGACCAGGAAGCUGCAGUUAACAGACAUCCUUGAGAUCACUGAGCAAGGCAUGAAUGACCAGGUGCCUCAGACCCAAGGAGCUGAGAUGGAUAGGAGUGAUUCCUCACAUCCCCUGGAUGUUGUCUGUGCUGUUUUGCAUUCCUCAGACAGCUUCCUCCAUCAGGAGCUCAUCUCCAAAAUGGCUGUGUGCCAGUUUGCUCUCCCACUGCUGCUCCUUCCCCUUGACACCUGUCCAGAAAGCAGAGGGUUCAAGGAGAAGAGCUGGGUGUGCAUGUCCAUGCCAACCAUCUCCUUCACGCAGAUGGAGCACUGCAGCUUCUCCAGGUCCAAGUGCCUCAACACUGUUCUCAGUCCUUCCCAGCACCACCAAAAUUUCUUUGUCCACCAGGAAAUGGAGUCGGGUGAUGCAUUUGAGGAAAUUGCAGAUGGGCUGGUAGAAAUUUCCUGGUACUUCGCUCACAGGAAGAAAUCCAGUCUCUUCCUAGAGUCCCUUACAGUUAUGAACCUUCGCGGCCACAUCAGAUCACGCUUGGAGCAGAGAAGGACCAUUGAGAGCAUAGCUGAGGUGGCACGUGAUCUGAAGAUCUUGGUGGAUGAUGAUUGUGAAAAAUCACAGACUGGAAGCAAACUGGCCACAGAGAUCACUUCUGGAACAGCACAUAUGGGAAAGUACAAACAGGAGACGCCGCAGGUGCAGGGGGAGCUCUGGAAGAACUUGGCCAGAGUGGAGAAAGAGCUGUGCCGGAUGGGAAAGCUGGGAGACAUUACCACCAAAGAUGGCAGACAGAGAAAAUACAGAACCUAUGUAGACAGCAAAGUCACUGGGAUCUCCCCCCUGGAAAGAGAAAUGUCUGAGGACCAGAGACAACUUGUCCAACUCCCAGAUAUAGCAGCCCAGCUGAUGCUGGAAGGGGUUUCUAUGGAGCUGGUGGAUGUAGAAGCCUCCAAUAUCCCACUGCAGUGGGUGGCUGAUGUGUUGGCUCAACUCCACACCAAGCGGGGCAAGUCCAGGUUGUUGGUGCUGGCUGUGCUGGGGAUGCAGAGCACAAGGAAAUCCACUCUUCUCAACACCAUACUUGGCCUGGGGUUUCCUCUUUAA